AUGGCAUUAAGUCGUAGUUUAAUAUUUUUAAUUAAUAUUCUUUGUAUAUUACUAGCUAUAGCUGCAUUUCUCACACAGUUUUUUGCUGUUGUUACUCAUUAUUGGAAACAUCAACGAACAGAGUUAAAACCAUUAUUCUCCUCACAGCAGCGUAUUCGAGAUGAUUCUCAUCUCGAUCAACGAUAUGGACUUUUCUCACGAAAUGUCCAUUUAUAUUCAAAUAAUGAUCAACAAAUGGACACGUGGACAUCGACUAAAUUUCCAUUGACAAAUGAUCAAUUAGCAUUAAAACAAUGCUAUUCAAAUAUGCCAAGUCUUCGAGGAGUUAUUUUAACUUGUACCGAGUAUAUUCAUUCGGGUAGUUCUUGUCAUUGUGCACGAUACGAUUAUUGGAAUGCGUUUAUUGCAUUUGAAAUCACUGCACUUAUUCUGUUAGGUUUAGUAGUUUUAAUUAGUGCUUUAUUAACCACAUAUUAUCAAGGAACAUUAAAACCUAUCGGCAUUGGACUUUCACUGAUAGCAUUUAUAUUUCUUCUCGUUGGUCUUAUACUAUUAGGUACACAUUUAAAACGUGAAGUAGAACAUUUAGGACGUUCAUUACCAAUAAUCAAACAACGUUUAUUACAUAAAAUUGGUACGGGAACAACAUCAACAGCUGGAGAAAGACAACAAGAUUACUCAUAUGACAAAUAUCGGGAAGCUCAAUCAAUUCUACGUCGCGCUCUCAAACGUCAAACAGACUACUAUCAAGCACGGAUAGAAUAUAAUGACACUCACUAUUAUCAAUUUUCUGAACAGUAUAAAAUGUUUAUAUUGUAUCCUUACAAUAAUUACACAUCUUCAUUAUAUUCUCAACAAUAUCCAUAUCAACAUCAACGACCAACAUAUUAUAUAGUCAAUGAAACAUCAUCAUACGAACAACAGCCUGUUAUAUUAACGGCUCAUAUUGAUUCUACUACCAGAGAUUUACCAGCAUUAAAUAAAACAUUUAUAUUUAGCCAUAGUCGUGCAUGGAUAGGAUGGUCAGCAAUCCUCUCAAUAAUAUCAUUAAUCUUAUCAUUAUUAUAUCCACUUUUAUUAACAGUAUCAUGGUUAAUGGGCGGAAACAAAAAGAAAACGCAUAAAAAGAAUGUUACAGUUAAAAAACCAAUGGAAUAUACACCCGUUCCAACGACACCUCCUGAUGCGAUUCCUCAACAAACAACAGCAACAACAAUACGGUAUGUACCGACUGAUUAUGAUACAAGACGUUUAAUGAUGGAAGAACCGUUCUAUGAUCCAUUUUAUCGUGGUGGACCACGCGAUGCACGGCCAUUAAUUGUUCGAGAUAUAGUUCUUAGAGAUGAUCAACUUCCACCACCUGAACACUAUCAUUUACAACGUCACUAUGCUCCGUACCAUACUCAUCGUCCAUAUCGUCAUCCUGUUGAUCGUCAAUUACCCAUUAAUAUCGACGUUUCACCACAUUCAUAUCGUGCUUAG